CUGAGUAUGACAUCGUCAACAAAUGGGCCAGGCCCGUCAGGAAAAUGGACAUGCGAAUUCUGCCCAGAGAGCUUUGCUCGAAAAGAGCAUCUCCAGCGCCAUGAAUUCAGCCAUCUCGGAUUGAAGCCGUUUCGGUGCGAUGUGUGUUCUCGCAUGUUUUCUAGAAGGGAUACUUUGAGAAAACACCAAGCCACCCAUUCCAGAGAAAGUGAUGGGGAAGAACCACCUUGCACCCGCGGACGUCGGCGGUCCCAGAAAGCGUGCCUGAAUUGUGCCAAGGCGAAGCAACGCUGCAAUGGCAAGUCGCCAUGUCGUAGGUGUGUUAAGCGAAACAUACAAUGUGCAUUUCCAAAGCCAAUCCCCGCAUCGGAGGAUCCUCCACUAAUAGAGACGCCGGAAUUUGUUCAUUCUACGCUCCUCAUGAAUGACGACCCUGCGUUCAUCUCAAGUGGCAGUGGUGAUCAUGUGACUUUCAACGAACAGCCUGUACAAGUCGGUCACUUUCCAUUCGAAGACUUGGCAGCUUCUUCGGGAUCUGGCGAGCAACAUCGAGAAGACUAUAGCAUGUACCCUAUGGGUUACGACAGUGAAAAUGCUAUUCAUCCACAUGUGUUAUCACUACCUAGCCAAGGUUUAGGCGACGCUAUGGCAGUGGACAUGAAUAUAAGUCUACCAUCAGGUGGAUCAGUCUCCUCAGUCUCCACUAGGGAAGACAACGAUGAUAUCCCUUCGUCGCAAAGUGAUUUAUUCACGCCAGAAGAGUCUCAGGCUCACCGUCACUGCUGCACUCGGUUCCCAGAGACUCAGCCAGAUGAAGACGUAAUUGCAGCUGAGAAUUAUGGGCAUGUUAGGCCCAUACCGCACAAGCAAUAUCAACAAAUCUGUGGCUAUUGGAAAAGUCAGCAAUGUCCCUCGUGUGCAUCACCUUUCAUCAGCCUUUCCUUCCUGAACGCAAUGGUCCAGCUCUACUUCGAACACCAUGACCCCUGGAUGCCUUUUAUUCAUCGAUUCUCUUUCGACAAGGAAGGUGUCUCCUGGGUUCUCAUUCUAGCGGUGGCAUCUGUCGGGUGUCAAUACUCUAAUGUGGUGGGCUCGGAGCUCUAUAUCCUAGGUCUACAGGACCUUCUACAGAAGGCGCUUCCGAAGGAUGCCACGGAAACUAUCUCUUUUGACCAAACCACUCUUGCGCAGUGUCUUCUUCUACGCAAUACAGGUCUCUUAUUUAGCGGUUACGAAGAUGAGAUUCUUACGUCUCAGUACCAGAGGAAUAUGCUCACUUCGGUCGCCAAAUCAGUCUCUGCCAACCUUGCUGACAGUAUACCUUCUCCAGAUGAUCUGGACACAUAUGAACAGUGGCGUCGCUGGGUGGAGUCAGAGUCUCAGAGAAGAAUCAUCUACUGUAUAUAUGUAAUUGAAUGCUGCUAUUGGAUAUUCAAGGAUGUGCCCUCAUCAAUGACCCUUGACGAUCUCAAGAUAGCUCUACCUUGCAAAGAUAUUUUUUGGACAUCUGAUUUCGAAAUGUCGCAGAAACAUAGUCUUGCCAAUCCAGAAAACACGCCAAGUUUGAAAACUGCGUUCUCUAACCCAGACUUACUGAAUGAUCUACUCAACGAGAACUCCAACCUCAGCAAUCUUGUAAUACUCCUAACAUUCAACAUCGAAGAAAGACGUCUUUUGCGAUCCACACAGCCAUGGUUCGCAGCCGACAUGGCUACAGGUCUCAACGAGCGGAAGCUGUACAAAUGGCCUGACGAACUAGCAACCUUCCGAACGGCCCUAGACGAUAAAUGCGACCCCACGAUCAAACGUUUCUCCGUGUUUAAAUCCAUAUCGAACAACGCACCUACCUUCCUAAAAGUGAUGUUUCACGUCACUAACAUACUCCGGCGCACGCCACUGCGCUGUUUAUAUGCCUUGAGUGGAUGGAAAGUCACCGUGAACCAGAUGACCGCCGCCGCUACAUCCCUGUCACAUUGGAUGCAGCAAAAUCCAAUACUAGCCCGAGAAUCUCUUCUACAAGCAACUACCUUGUUUGGAGUUCUCUAUAACGAGACGACAGGACCAGGCUGUCACCACUUGGCCUUUCUUAUCGCGGGUCUCUAUAUCUGGGCUUAUUGUAUCGUGGGCGGAGAAGAUGGUACUGGGGGAGCGAACGGAGCACGGAAAAUCAGUCGACGACCUCUUCGGCUCGAUAAAACAGUCCCCGAUGAUAUGAAAGAGUCCUGGAUUCAAGGCACGCUAGAUGCUCCUAUUUAUGUCAAAGGAGCAGGUAUUUUGAACGGCCCGGAGAGUGCGAUCCGUGUUCUCAAAGGUCUUAGACUCGCCCUUUCGAGUCACACGUCUUGGCCUUCUCUUCGGCAUGGGCUGAUAUACUCAAUUUCGGAGAUGAUAGAGGGUAGGUUCGCGUCGCAUAGCCCGGAGUUAAAGUCUAGUGGACAGAGAAAGAGCGUGAUUAGGGGAAGUCAAGCAUAG